UUCUUCUUCAUUUUAUAAUCACUCCAUAGUUCUUCGUUCGUUUUGCUGCGAGUUAUUCCCAGCUCGCUUCAUUAAUAAAUGUUCAUGAAUUGAAGCUGUAAAUCUGCAAUUAUUCUUUAACCAAACGCUGCAUAUGAAAAUUUCUGAAAAGAGAUGAUUAUAGGCGGCAGCUCUCUGCAUCUGAAUCUGAGCCUCCUUCGUCUUCUUCCUCUGAUCUUCACUCUAGCGAUUCUUGACCGGCUCGGAAUCAGCUCCGCCUCCGCCUCCGCCUCCGCCUCCUGCGAUUACAGUUUCCAGCAAAACAACAAGCUUUACAAUUACAACUUAACCUCCCCGAUUUCUAAUUUCCCCCAUGGCGUCCUCAGCGAAGAUGGGUUCUAUAGAGUGGCAGCUAAUGGAACAGUGAUUUGGUUUCAGCUGUGUGAGACAAUGCUUUUCAACCAUGAUCCUCCUAUGUGUCUUGACUGCGUGGACUGUGGUGGUGGAUCUCGUUGUGGCAUGGGUUGCAGUGCACUUGCAUCUAGCAUCAUUGGAGGUUAUCCUGUGUGCGCUACUCUUGGACGUCCAUCAACUACAUCUAUUAGCCUCAUAGACAACAAUAGUCCCCUCAAAGGUAUUGUUGUUAAGACGUACCACACUGCAUUGAACACGAACUGUUCACUUGCUGUCUCUGUUGUUUGUGAUGAUGCUGCAACUGGUCCUCAAACGCUGGAAAAAGUUGGGACUUGCGAUUUUGCCACAGAACUAAGGCAUCCUUCUGGCUGCGGGGGAGUCAUAUCGGCUAAAGGGAAAGGGCUGGGCUGGUUUGGCACUUUAUUGAUCAUAAUCCUAUGCCUUUUUGGAGCUUACCUCUUGGGUGGGAUGAUCUACCGAUACUUCUUUCUGCACAUUCGAGGCAUAGAUAUAAUCCCGAACUUGGAAUUCUGGUCCAGCUUACCACAUAAAGUACAGAGCUGGUUUCAAUCCAUAGCACAGAGGUUCAGAGGACCUUCUCAGCAUCACCGGAGCACGUAUUCUCCUGUGGAAUUUUGAACAUCGACAUCUUCUUAGCGAGAAACCGUUCACAUUAUUACUCGAGUCUGUCUCUGCCACACUUACACUCCCGACAUCUGCAUUCCGUUCAAGCAUUCGCUUUACUCUUGAAGGAAAUGUAUGUGUAUUUCUUCACGCUGAUCAACCAUUGUUGCAGAACACGAGUUCUUGAGAAGACUGAGGCUUUUGUUUGUAAUUCUGUGCUAGUUGAGUAGUUGAUAUCAUCAUUUUUUGUAGGUCAUUGGCAACACUUUGUUAUAUAGAUCAGACAGGGUUUUUUGCAGC